UUUUGCUUAAAUAUGAAUUCUGAUCCAAAAUCUAUGGAUGAAGUUGGCCAAUUAGGUAUUCAACGUGAUUUGAAAUCUAAGGACAAACCUUCUUUCUUGAAUUUCUCGCCUACAAUCGCUGAUCAUCUCAAACAAACCGAACUUCUAGUUGGUCGAGCUUAUGCCGAACACAUGGCUCUUUUGUUUUCUUCUGCUUCCCAAAUAUCUCGUGAUCCGGAUGGAAAUGUUGGUUCAAAUUUGCAUAUGGAAUUAUUUACCGGGAUGGACGAACGAAUUGGAUUUUCAUUUUUGACUCGCGACGAUUAA